AUAAUAACAGGUGGUAACAGUAAGUUGUUGAUAAGUAGCACGUUUGUUGUUUGUAGUCGUUUCAAAUGUUUCCGGCUAAACGUCAAACAUGAACAAUUUACUUUUUUUUUUCUAAUUACUAGUUUUAUACUCAAUUUUAAAUUUUAAUAAUUAAUAAUCGUGUAUGUUGACUCUGAAUUCCGAUGUCUUACAACAAUAAUAGAAAUAGCUUUGGUCGCGGAGGCGGUGGCGGUGGAGGAGGUGGUGGUUUUCGAGGAGGCCGAGGUGAUGGAGGUGGCCGUGGAGGCGGAGGUGGUAAUUUCCGUGGCGGUGGUGGAGGCCGUGGUGGCGGAAGAGGUGGUUUCAAUAGGUUUGCAGAACAAGGCCCUCCAGAAGAAGUUGUGCCUCUGGGUUAUUUUACUCAUGCUUGUCAAGAUGACAUUAUUUGCAAGGCUGAAAUGGAAGAUGUUCCUUACUUUAAUGCACCUAUAUAUUUUGCUAAUAAACAACAAAUUGGAAAAAUAGAUGAAAUAUUUGGCACAUACAGUGAUUAUUUUGUGUCCAUAAAGUUAAACUCUGAAAUUAAAUCAAAAUCUUUCAAAGGAGCUGACAAGCUAUACAUUGAUCCAGCAAAAUUGUUACCAUUGAAGAAAUUUUUAACUCAACCUGGUGGCCAGAGAGGUAGAGGAGGUGGUGGCGGAAGAGGACGUGGUAGAGGUGGUGGUGGUCGUGGCGGCGGUGGUUUUGGACGUGGAGGUGGUGGCAGUCGUGGAGGCGGUGGUUUUGGACGUGGUGGUGGAGGCGGUGGAUUUGGACGUGGCGGUGGAGGACGAGGAUUUGGUGGCGGACGAGGAGGGGGAGGAGGAAGAGGUUUCAAGAGAUGAAACUAAUAAUAAAAAAAAAAAUUGUAAUUAUUAAAUAAAUACGUAUUUGUGUUAAUAUCAUGUACUAUAACUUAGACUUAAGCUUUUAUUAAAAAAAUAUAGAUAAAAACUAAUGUUUAUUA